AUGGCCGCAAUGCUCGAUCGCCCCCCUUUCGAAUCGAUCGCGGCUGCUCCUGCGACCGAUGCAGCUUCCAUCACCCCCCCUCACAGCAUCAACGGCAUGAAGGAGACCCCGGACGGUGUUCCUUCCGAGCUCUCCGACCUCGAGCUCGAUGCCAAUGCCGCUGCCGCCCAGGAAGCUCCAUCGAUAGAAGGCGAAGAGGAGGAAAUAGAACCAGAUCAUUACUAUGGCGGUGGCAAGGUCCCCGUGUUCAAACCGACCAUGGACCAAUUCCGCGAUUUCCAAGCCUUUAUCAAUAGAAUCGAUAAAUAUGGCAUGCGAUCGGGGAUCGUCAAAGUGAUUCCUCCUAGGGAGUGGAGUGACUCUCUCCCCCAGCUUGACGAAGCUAUAAAGAAGAUCCGUGUGAAGAACCCAAUCAUGCAGGAAUUCCAUGGCUCCCACGGAACCUAUACUCAGGCGAACAUUGAGAGACAGAGAUCAUAUAACCUCCCCCAAUGGAAGGCCCUGGGUGAGGAGAGCAGCCACCAACCGCCUGCUAGGAGAGGCGAGAGGCGGAGGAACCAGGAGCGUGCUCCUCGUGCUCCUCCGGCCCCUAAGCCCCAAACGGCCCGGUCGGAUACCCCAAAACGAGGACCUGGCCGUCCGCCUAAGCGAUCCAACCAGGCCAAAAUCAAAGAAGAACCCAUUAAAAUCAAGGAGGAGCCCACGGAAGAGAGCCUCGAGAGGACCAAGCCCGAAGGCCCUCCCACGCCCGUUUCCCCCGAAUCAAACCCUGUCGAAACAAAAUCGGAAGAAUUGAGCGAUGGCGAGUCUUUACCCCCACCAAAACCAAGGGGACGACAGCCCAAGUCCGUCACCGCACGCAGAAAGCAGAACAAGGGCGAUACAAUCGACUAUGUGGACGAAGAGGCCUUCAAGGAUUUCGACUACCGGAUCCACGACAGCGAAGAGUACACUUAUGAAAGAUGCGAAGAGCUGGAGACCGCCUACUGGAAGUCCCUGAUGUUCAACAACCCCAUGUAUGGUGCGGAUAUGCCAGGCUCGCUCUUUGAUGACCGUACAACCUCAUGGAAUGUCGCCAAGCUACCGAAUCUGCUGGAUGUUAUCGGCCAGAAAGUGCCUGGAGUUAAUACGGCAUACUUGUACUUGGGUAUGUGGAAGGCGACCUUCGCUUGGCACUUGGAGGAUGUAGACCUCUACAGUAUCAACUAUAUUCACUUUGGGGCGCCCAAGCAGUGGUAUAGCAUCUCCCAAGAAGAUGCGCCUCGUUUUGAGCAAGCAAUGAAAAGCAUCUGGCCUAGUGAUGCGAAGAAUUGCGACCAGUUCCUUCGCCACAAAACCUACCUGGUCUCGCCGAAUCUCCUUAAAUCUCAAUACGGAAUUACCGUGAACAAAAUGGUCCACUAUGAAGGGGAGUUUGUCAUCACCUACCCUUAUGGAUACCAUUCCGGAUAUAAUCUAGGGUAUAACUGUGCCGAAUCCGUCAAUUUCGCAACUGAGAAAUGGUUGGAUUACGGUCGGGUCGCCAAGAAGUGCAACUGCGAAGCUGACAGUGUCUGGAUCGACGUGGAAGAUAUCGACCGCAAGCUUCGCGGCGAAUCGACACCCGAGUACUAUGGUGAUUUUGAGAGUGAUCUCGAUGGACUGGAGGGCGCUUCAGACCUCUUAACGCCUCCACGCAGUGUCCCCGAGAAGACGUCCAACCGUGGUCGUAAACGCAAGCUGGACGGCGGCGACACGAUUAAGACCAAGCGAAUGAGAGUCAGCGUCGAUAUUCCGAGGAAAAAUCUCUGCGUCCUGUGCCCCAACAAUCUGGACUAUGAGGAUUUAUUACCUACAGAGGACGGGAAAACUCACGCCCACCGACGCUGUGCAUUGUAUACGGAAGAAACCAGCGUCCUCCGCGAUGAAUCUGGCAAGGAAGUGGUUUGUGACGUUGAUAAGAUCCCCAAGGCUCGCAUGGGACUCAAGUGCCUUUUCUGCCGUGAGGUCCGUGGCGCUUGCUUCCAAUGCAACUUCGGCAAGUGUACCCGGUCAUACCAUGCGACUUGUGCGCUCCUGGCAGGUGUGCAAGUGGAGCAGGGUUUGGUUGCCGUUGUUGCAGACGAUGGCAACCAGUAUUCCGUCCCCAGCGUCGACCUGAAGUGCAAAUAUCAUCGUCAGAAGAAACCUACUUGGUUGGCCAGCACAGAGUCACCCGAAUACGAUCGAAAACUGAUCGAAGCCGCCCGACGUCUCGUCAUUGGCGAUCUGGUGCAAUUCCAAGCCGACAAGGAAAUCAACGGCGCAGUUGUGCUCCAGAACCGACCGGAGGAACGCACCCUGCUGGUCAAGGUGCUCCCACGAGGGGAUGUAAUCGAGUUACCAUACCGGUGGAUGCUGGUCGUACGGAGGAGCAAUUUCUUUCCCCUGGCCGCGGGCAUCAAGCCACUUCCUGCACAUCUCGCCCGAAAGCCCGAGGCCCGGAGAGAAGUGGAAUCCGCAAUGCCAGUGGCAGGAAAUCCUUUUGGCGAUGGGCGAUCUCCAUAUCAGUGGGCCGAGUUUGAGACGGUGGACAGCACUAGGCAUCCUACUGCCCCACCUGCAGUGCAGGUCAACCUGGACAAAGGGGAACAGAUCUGGUAUUAUUUGGGCCAGUCAUCGACCGAGUGUAGGGCUCAAUAUACACACAACCCUAGCAUGCCCGUCCACAACCCGCGCUCGAAUUUCCUGGAUAGUGUGAAGUCCCUUGGCGCCGUGAUGGCCCGACUCCCCUCUUCUUACCCCCACCAUCGCCUGCCACCUUUUGUUGUUGCUGGCUCUGCUGCCCCUCCUCCUCCUCCUCACCAUUUUUCUUCUGCCGCCGCCAACACCACCGCCUCCGCCAUCGCUGUGACUGCUGCUGCUGCUGCUGCUGCCGCCUCCCGCCCUUCGCUGCCGCAGCGCCCUCCUUUUGCCCCUCCUCCUCGUUCUUCUCCCGUCGCUACUUCUGCUGCUGCUGUUGCUGCUUCUGCGAUGCCGUCAGCCUAUCGAUCUGUACCGACUCAAUCUGCCCGUCAUGCUCCCUACCCUCAAAUUACCAAAUCUCACACCUCCUAUCAGCAGCACAAUCAUCACCAGCAGCAGCAGCAGAACACCAGCAGCAGCCAUAAUAACAACAAUAACAUUAUCGUCAACAACAACAACAACAACAACAACAGCAGCAGCAGCAACCACACCACCGCCACCACCACUACCGCCAGUCAUAACCACCUACCUGCAAAUAAUUUUGCCAAUGUGCGUGAGCUCAUUGCCCGUCGUCGACUGGCCCAGAUUACCGACCAUGCCAAUGUCUUCGCGGGCUAUACCCUUGUCGGGCCCGAGUUGGUUGUAGAAACUCUCCUGGGUCCCAUGGGCUCUGUACCGCCAUCCAAUGGCUUGGAGAAACUCGAACUGGCCAUGGCCCAACAGCGUGUCCAGCCUCGUGCCCCCGAUGGAACCCUUCUGCCGAUGCAGCCCCUGAAUAUGCGAUCCGAAGAAGUCACCCGCUUAUUACAAAUGCUCCGGUUCUCCCUUAUCAGUCACCGCGACCGGUUGGAUGUGCUCCAGAAGAAGGAAUCGGAAAAUGUGAAACAAGAGAUGGCAAACAAGAGUACCGCUGCGACCCCCAAGCUGCCUCGCAAGUAUGCCUUUCUCGAGCAGCAGCGUGAGCAGGCUCCGUCGGUUUAUCAGUCCCCUUAUGAUAUGCCAUCAGGGUUCACUGAAUACGCCCGGACAACAUUUGGCCUGACUCGUCAUGAGCCGGAACUACCGAAACCGUCACUGGCUAAUGAUUACUUCGCCAGUCUCUCACCGGAGGACCAGGAGAAGAUCCUCAAGACAUGUGGCAGCUUUGUGCAGCGGGCCAUGGAGCGGUCGGUUACUCACAGUCGCCAAAGUUCCUCGGCCUCCAACCUGCGACUGGCUUCGGCGUUGGCCCAACAGACAGAAAAUCCGACCAUUGACAUCACCACGGUCGAGGACCUGCCCUUAUCAGGCUUGGACUUCCCCUUACACGCCGAUUCACCGUGCUCGAAUUUUAGUCGGUCGCAUCUGCGAUUCCAAUCGCCGAAUGACUUUACUAGCCACGGAGUUGAAGUCCACCAUGAUCACCACGACCUUUUUGGCGAUCAACAAGCCAACACACGAUUCUGGCAACAUGGUCCUUGGGCGGUUGGUGAUGGGAAUACCCCCAACGAAGAGAGUCGGCCAUUCUUCGGACCUCACGAACGGCUCAAGCACGAUUAUGCUUCAUCCGACAUCUCUCUGGGGCGAGGACCAGGCUCCUUGCACUCUGUUGAUAUGGCAGGCUUUGGCCUUGACAACCCUGACGACCUCUGCACCGUACUCAGCCCUUGA